UUACCGUAGUUGUGUUUAUAAUAUGCACAAAUUCAAUUUCAGGUUAUCAUAAUAAGAAAUCUCAAUAACAUUAGAAUUGAAUAGUUUCCCCAACCCUCAUAUUUCUUAGAAUUGUAGUUUCUUUGAAGUUUCCCUUAGAUUAAGAGAAGUCAAUAGUACUUAUUUGCAGACUAUGAUAUCUGAAUGAAGAAUUUUCAAUUGAUCAAUCCUUUUCUUUCCUUUAGCUCCGCCAUUGCUCCAGAAGCUUCGGUGUGAACUCAUCUUUGCUGUUGGAUUUUACACGUAGUAUCAUUGCUUCAAUAGUCUGACUCUUGCAAAUUCUUUAGUCAUGCUUGAAAAUGACAUACCACCUAACAUGAUUAAGAAAAAGAUCAAUUGCUGUGUUUAAUAUGUACAAGACUAUCACCAAUAAUCAACUGUUCGAAACAUCAGAGCAGUUGUUGACUUUAUUUCUUAAUCUCCAAAAUUUCGAUUUCUUUGAUGAGUCAGUACUUAACAAAUACUUUUUUCUUUUUGUGUAAUACACCUGUGUGGACUCCAACACUAAAUUCCAAAUAGCCAGAUUGAAUUAGAAUCUAGGUGACCUUUUCUUCUGUGCAUCUCUAUCCUCAGCACUUCCUGAUUUAUAGGUCUUCAACGAGAUGGCUGAAAUUCUUCUUACAGCAGUCAUCAGCAAAUCUGCAGAAAUAGCUGAAUAUCUACUCAGUCAAGAAGGUCGGUGCUUAUAUUGGUUGAAAGAGGACAUUGAGUGGCUCCAACGAGAAGCUAGGCACAUUCAAGCUUACCUAGGUGAUGCAAAUGAAAAGGUAGUUGGAGGGGAUUUGAGGGUGAAGAACUUGAUAAAGGAUAUUGAAGAACUUGCAGGUGAUAUGGAGGAUAUCUUAGACGAGUUUCCUCGCAAAAUUGAAUCGCGCAAGAGCAAAGGAGCACUUGGUUGUCUUAAAGAACUAGCUUGCAUUUUUUGUCAUAUUCGUGUUUCCAAGAAGUUCUCCAUGGAGAUUGAGAAGAUAAAAAGAAGAGUUAAUGAGAUUAAUCACGUGAGGACAACUUUUGGCAUCACUGAUACAAGUAACAUUAACAAUAAUCAACGUGAAUACAUUCCAAUGGACCGUGGAAGAUUAUUCCUUCAUGCUGAUGAAACAGAGGUUAUUGGUUUGGAUGAUGACUUCAAUAUGCUACAAGCCAAAUUACUUGAUCAAGAUUUGCCAUAUGGAGUCAUUUCGAUUGUUGGCAUGCCUGGUAUGGGCAAAACAACCCUUGCGAAGAAACUUUGUAAGCAUGUCUAUCAUCAUUUCGAGUGUUCAGCAAUGGUCUAUGUUUCACAGCAGCCAAUAUUGGGAGAAAUCUUUCUUGACAUAGGCAAACAAGUCGGACUAAAGGAAGAGGAAAGGAAAGAUAACUUGGAGAACAACCUACGAUCAUUUUUGAAAAGAAAAAGGUAUGUUAUACUCCUGGAUGAUAUUUGGAGUGUUGAAUUUUGGGAUGAUCUUAAACUUAUCCUUCCUAAAUUUGAUUCAAAAACUAGAGGUAAGAUAAUUAUCACAACUCGAAAUAGUAAUAUAGGCAGAUACAUCGGAGGCAAUUGCUCACUCCAUGUGUUGGAACCACUAGAUUCAGAGAAAAGCGUUGCACUCUUUACCAAUAGGAUUUUCACUUCUGACAAUAAUUAUUGGGAGAAUGCUUCAUCAGACUUGGAAAACAUUGGUAAAAAGAUAGUUGAAAGAUGUGAUGGUAUACCACUAGCCAUUGUGCUGAUUGCAGGCAUGUUAAGGGCAAGGGAGAGAACUGAACAUGCAUGGAAUAGCGUACUUGAGACUAUGGGUCAAAAUAUUCAAGAUAAAUGUGAUAAUAUAUUGUCUGUAAGUUACAACGAUUUGCCCCCUGCAUUAAGGCCAUGCUUCUUGUAUUUUGGUCUUUUUCCAGAAGACCAUGAAAUUCCUGCAUCUGAUGUGACAAAUAUGUGGAUUGCUGAGAAGUUCAUAGUAGCAAGUACUGACAAUAGGCGAGAGGUUGAGGAUAUAGCAGAGGAUUUCUUAAAUGAUUUGGUUUCAAGGAAUCUUAUUCAAGUUUCGAGGAGAACAUUCCAGGGAAGAAUUGCUAGUUGUCGCAUACAUGAUUUGCUACAUAGUUUGUGCAUCUCAUUGGCCCGGGGAAGUAACUUCUUUCUCACCAAGGGAAAUACACAAGGUGAUCUUGGUAGUGUCACUAGGUUGCGAAGGCUUGGAUUCUACUCUGGUGGUGUCGAUGAAUUCUUCUCUUCAUGUCCCAAGCCUAAGAAGCUUCGUGCCCUGUUGUAUUUUAGCGAAGACAAUUACCCAUUCUCUCUUAAGACUCAUCUUAAUAUCAAGUUAUUGCGAGUGUUGUCUAUGCAUAUUCCUGGGAGUAAUUCUCAGAGGCCUGUCAGUAUUCCAGAAGGAAUUGCGAAUUUGAGCUGCUUAGGCUAUCUCAAAUUUUGGGGUCCAAACUUCGUUGGACCCAUGCCACGUAGUAUUGUCAAGUUCAAACAUUUGUUGACACUGGACAUUGAAUGGACCAAUCUUCGCAUCCCUUUUGAUGUUAUGGAGAUGAAACAAUUGAGACAUCUUCGUAUUUCACAAUUCGUUCAGCCAAUUUACAUGUCUGCUGUCCCAGUGUUCUCCUCGGUCAAUGUGUUAUUGCCAAACUUACAAACUCUAAUUGGCAUGGAUGUGUGCUACUUGAAAGCAGGAUGGUUACACCAAUUGACCAAUUUAAGGAAAUUGAGCUUAAAUAUAAACAAAAAUUCUAUUGUUGAGCUGCUUUCAACUCCUCAUGUGGCCAUAUUGCCAAAGCUGGAGGUUCUGAAGUUGAAGAGCUUGCUGCAAGACUACCAACAUGAUGAGCAAAUAAACUUUUCUUAUGAUAAACUUCGUAAGCUGAGUCUAUCAUAUAUGGACAUGAAAAUCGUGGACUCUGAAGCACUGCCUGCAAAUCUCGUCAAGCUUUCUCUUAGGAAUGUGCAGCUAGAUACGGAUCAUAUAACAAUGACUAAAAAAAUGCCCAAAUUAAAGAUACUCAAAUUGAGGAACUGUUGGCUUCCAUUUGGAGAGAGUAAGUUAGACCUCUCAGCCUCUGGUUCCUAUAGCUUUCUGCAACUUGAAGUUCUGCACAUCAUCGGGCAGAACACCUGGGAGGUUACCGCGGAUGAGCUGGCUGCGCCAAAGUUGAAGAAAAUAUUUGUCUCUCAUGCACCAAAUAUUAGGCUCUCUGAUCGGCUAGCAAUGCUGAGUACAUAAAGAUGCGACGAAAGGACAAUAGGCUGGGAUGCAAUUUCUAAGAAAUGUGUGAAAAAUUGUAUGAAAAAGUGCAUGGAAGUGGUCUAGGUUCUAUUUUUUCUGAUGACGAGGUUCCUGUGGGGCACUGCGAUAAAAAGGUUCGACUAGUAGGGAAAUCGUAGUAGCUGUGAUUUUUCAAAUAUAUUUGUUAUUUGCGUCUUCAUUUCUUUUUACGUCGCCCGCAAGGGGUGGCAAAUGAACGGGUUGGAUUGAAUUUGGGCGGGUUAAAUGAGCUAGAGCAAUAAAUAGGUCAUUGCAUAUAGAUGGGCUAAGAUGGGUUAAACAAUGGGUUAUAACCCAAUCCGUCCAACUUAACCCAUCGUUGAAUAAUUAUUCUAGUAGCAAUUUAGGUUGGAAUAAUAUUUUUUAUUUUCUUUUAUAUUUAUAUCUAUAUUGUUAUUAUUAUUAUUUUCAAGUAAAAAUAAAAAAAACUAAAAAAAUGUAAUAAAAUUAUUCACAACACAAUCUACUCCGUAUUUCAAAUGUUUAAUUUCGAUCCACCAUUUA